CAAGGCAAGUUGCUGCAAGGCACGUCAAGUUCUGAAUUCCCGUGCCAAGUUUUCCAAGCAGAUAAAAGAGGAGGCUCCCAAGCUCUCCCAUUACAGGGGUUUCUGUCUCCAUUGCCCUCUGCUCUUUUCCUGCUGCGCAGCCUUUUUCAGUUUUCCUCUCUCCGACUCUUUGUCUUCCCAACUGAACCAGCCAUGAGCCGUAUCUCUUUCAGAUCAUCUACUGGAGGGGGCAUGAGGGGCUUUAGCUCAGGCUCUGCUAUUGUAGGAGGUAGUGGUGGUGGGACCAGAAGCAGCUUUAGCUCCGUCUCUGUCUCCAGAGUUGGAGGAGGAAGAGCUGGAGGUGGAGGAGGCUUUGGAGCUGGCGGUGGCUUCGGCAGCAGAAGUCUCUAUAACUUGGGUGGAAGCAAGAGAAUUUCCUACAGCUCGGUCGGUGGAGGUCUACGGAGUGGAGCCGGGGGCGGAUAUAGCUUCGGUCUUGGCUAUGGUGGCGGAGCAGGCGCUGGCUUUGGCUUAGGAGGAGCCGGUGGUGGUGGUGGCUACGGGCUGGGAAGUGGAUUUGGGCUGGGAGGGCCCGGAUUUGGUGGCCGAGGUGGCCCCGGGUUCCCUGUUUGCCCACCUGGUGGCAUCCAUGAAGUGACUGUCAACCAGAGCCUCCUGGCACCCCUCAAGCUGGAUAUCGAUCCGGAAAUCCAGAAAGUGCGAACACAGGAGAGGGAGCAGAUCAAGACCCUCAACAACAAAUUUGCCUCCUUCAUUGACAAGGUGCGCUUUUUGGAGCAGCAGAACAAGGUGCUGGAGACCAAGUGGACCCUCCUCCAAGAGCAGGGUCACACUGUCACCAGGAAGUCCCUGGAGCCCAUUUUUGAAGCCUACAUCAACAACCUCCGGCGGCAGCUCGACAGCCUGAUGGGAGAGAGGGGCCGGCUGGACUCCGAGCUCCGGAGCAUGCAGGACAUGGUGGAAGACUUCAAGAACAAAUAUGAAGAUGAGAUCAACCGGCGCACAGGUGCUGAGAACGAGUUCGUGGUCCUCAAGAAGGACGUGGAUGGUGCCUACAUGAACAAGGUUGAGCUCCAGGGCAAGGCCGAUGCGCUGGCAGAGGAAAUCAACUUCCUGAGAGCUCUGUAUGAAGCGGAGUUGUCUCAGAUGCAGCAGCAAGUGUCUGACACCUCAGUGGUGCUGUCCAUGGAUAACAACAGGAACCUGGACCUCAACAGCAUCAUUGCCGAGGUCAAGGCGCAGUACGAGGACAUCGCCAACCGGAGCCGCGCCGAGGCCGAGGCUUGGUACCAGAACAAGUAUGAGGAGCUCCAGGUCUCUGCUGGGAGACACGGGGAUGACCUGAGGAACACCAAGAUUGAGAUUUCAGAGAUCAACCGGAUGGUCCAGAGGCUGCGGAAUGAGAUCGACAGCGUGAAGAAACAGUGUGCCAACCUCCAAGCAGCCAUCGCUGAGGCCGAGGAGCGAGGGGAGAUGGCCCUCAAGGAUGCCAAGGCCAAGCUGACCGAGCUGGAGGAUGCCCUGCAGAAAGCCAAGGCUGACCUGGCCCGGCAGCUCCGGGAAUACCAGGAGCUCAUGAACGUCAAGCUGGCCCUGGACAUCGAGAUUGCGACCUACAGGAAGCUGCUGGAGGGCGAGGAGAGCAGGCUUGCUGGAGAAGGAGUCGGAUCUGUCAGUGUCUCCGUGGUCAGCAGCUCCAGCGGGAUGGGCUACGGCGGCGGGAGCUGCCUGGGCCUGGGCGGGGGGCUCGGCAUGGGCGGUGGCGGCGGCAGCAGCAGCUACACCAUGAGCAGCAGCGGCUUUGGAGGCGGCAGCGGAGGCUUCGGCGGCGGCAGCGGAGGCUUCUCCGGGGGGCUCAGCUAUGGUGGAGGCAGCUCCUUCAGCUCUGGGAGCAGCCGGGGCGUCAACGCCAGCACGGGAGGCAGUGUCAGGAUCGUUUCCAAGACCACCACCAGCAAAAAGACCAUCAGAUAAGGCUGGCAAGCACAUGGCCGUCGGCAAUUCCGGCCUCUGCCCUGCAGAUCAUGGUGUAAAUAGCUGCGCUAGAGCCUCUCCUUCCUCCGUCCUUCACCUCUGGGGCAGCAGGGGGGACCAGGACCCCUCUGUGAGAAUCUGGAGCACCUUUGGCUGAAGCACAGGUUGUAACAGGUCACUGGCCGGGCAUGGACCCCAUGGUGCCCCUCUGUCAGCAAGCCCUUGCUCUCUCCUCCAAGUCAGGCAUUCAAAGGGAAACGGAAGCACUAUGGAACAGGGACAACCAUUUCGUUCAUCCCAUUCCAAGGGUGAAUCACAGUCUUGUGGAACCACAGUCCCAGGUCCUCAGCAGUGAAAACACCUCCAUGAGGCUCUAAAAGCCUCUGCCCCCCAACACAUGUUACAACCUCCAAAGGUUUUGUCUGCAAUUCAAGGUUUCUUCCAGCCCCUUCUUUUUUCUCCGGCACUUAUGGGAAAGGUUUUUGCUUUGUGUGUAUAAGAUUUUUAGCUACUCAUCCUCGUGGCUGCAGCCUCCUCACUUCCCUGCCUAACCAACUGUAAGGUCCAAUAAAAGAGCAUUUGU